AUGCAUCCUUUUGUAAAAAAGUGGGUGACAGUCUAUUUAAAAUGUGGAAUUAAUCUUAUCUUAUACUACAGAAAUGUUUAUCCAGCAGCAUCCUUUGACUUAACUACAUUUCAAGGAUUUAACCUUCCUCAAUUUAUGCCCAUGAAUAGACAUCCUGCAGUUUUAGAGUAUAUCGAUGAAUUUAUAGAAGAUGUUCUAUUUAAACUUCAAAGAACACAUAAAAUCACACUAUGUAUUAUUACUCCUAAAGAUUAUAGAUGUAUUGAAACAUAUACAUUUGAUUUUAGAAACUUUAACCAUCUUGGUGUUGAGGACCCACAAAAAUUAAGAGAGGCUGACGUUUACGAUAGAUUUAGAGCUAGCCUAAAUAACUUGAUUCAAAGACUGGAAAAAUUAACACCAAUUAAAGAUGAUUCUGUCAGUUUUGAAUUAGUUGCCACUUUGAUUGGAGUAGAAUUAGGCCAUACAUUUGAUAAAAUUAAUCAUUUUAAUAACAAUUUUCAAAAACUUUUUUAUGAAAGGGAUAUGAACUGGGUUAAAUGUCAGCCAGAGGAUCCAUACUUCAAUGAAAGUAUGGAUUCUGAAAAGGUAUCCUCUAGAAUUAGAACACAUGCAAUUAUUGGUGCUAAUAUUGGGCCCAUCUCUAUCGACAUCUUAUUCGAAAGAUUGUUGGUUUGGGAUGGUAGCUUGGAUACUGUGUAUGAAUAUGAGGAUGAUUAUUAUGAACAGGAACAAAAAAGACCUUAUAUGAGCCCCAGUAAUUAUGAUUCUGAUGACAACAAAUUUGAUAUGGUAAAUUUACCAUCUUCCAUCUAA